AUCCACAAACACAGUGUAAACAUUUUUAUAUGGAGGGAUUACAAAGGAAAGAACCCAGUUUUUGAGAAUACAUGAAAAGAUUUGCCAGUUUAAAUUAUUGUUAUAAAAUAUCAGUACAUAUUACCGAACAUCAAAAGUAUGAGGUUUCCUUUUUAAAUCUUAGUUUAUCAUUCAUCCAUUCUUUGAUUCAAAUGUAAGACAUAGGAAAACCUCAGUGUGUCUUCGAGGUACAUACCUGUAAGUCCAGGACAUGGGCACGGUGGCAGUCCAGUCUCUGCGCUUUAGACCAUGGUUGUGUACAUAGAGAGUUCUUGGACAGCCGUCCUAUAGAAUGACAUCUGUAUCUAGAUGAAAGAGCAAACCUCCUUUUACUGAAAGUCCCUAAAACAAUGUGCCUGGCUUCUGGACUUAUUUGGCAGCAUUGGGAGCCCACAGCAAUGCCUGGGAGGUAAACCUCUGAUGUAAUUUAUGCUUCCUGUAGGGAGAGAAAAGGAACAUGUAUGUAUGAAGAUUUGUUUGCUGAAUGGGAUUGUAUUCUGAUUCCUUGAUGCCUGCAAAACUUACAGUUAGGAACUCUGAGUGGUGGUGACUCUCGGUGACAUCAAGGCUGUCCUCAGGGGACGAUGGACCUCAAACAGAAGUCACUCUCAUAAGUCUGUGGAAGUCAAGCCUUUAGAAAGAACCAUGGAGUAUGGAUGAAGUAUUGGGGGUGGGGCUUUGGAUGUAAAAGCAAGAGGAAGAAAAGGCCCUCCAGAGUGCAAUACUUGGGGCGGACGUGAACACCAGCUGCCUUCCAUUGUACUUUCUAUAUCCACUCAGCUGUGACGAGUCAGUCCUGUCUGAUUCUUCACCUCUCUUUUUUCUUGGCACGUACACAGAGAUGUCAGUGAUAGCCCCCUGCAUACUCAGCAUGGCAGUCUCCAAUUAGACCAUAAAGUCUUUCAGUCCCACAAGGUCAUACCUAUAACCUGCCCUCCUGGUAGGAAGUAGAUAUUCUAAAGAUUCAUUCAUGUCUCUCCCUUUGGUUAUGCUGUAGUGUAAGAGUGGACCCCAUGAGCUUUGAAUUUCCCUUGGAGUCUCUGGAAAAUGACUGAUUCCUCUAGGUAUGAACUUCUCCGCAUAUCUUCCCAUUUACUGAAUACUUUUCAGAGGCAAGAAGAGCUAGAAUUCUGUUAAGGACUUAGGAAUAGGAGAAAAUUCCCUGUUCCAAAUGAGUCACGCGGAGUAAAUAUGUUAAUCUUUUUCAUCUGUUAUAAAUAAUUUCCUUUUUUCCUUUUCCUUCAUUUUUAUUGUUUUAUUUUAAAGAGUAUUUUCACUUAGUCUCUGGCUGGCCUGGAACUCCUACCUGUUGGAUAAUCUCAAAGAAUUUUGCCCACCUUGUCUGAAAAUACCAGCAUUAGAGGUGAACAUGUCAGAGCUUGAUGAAUCAGUUCUUUUAAUUGGCUUAAUGGGGAUGAGUGGCUGAGUCUAUAUGGUUAGGGUAGCAAAGACAGAGACUGUGGUCCUAAGUCUAGCAAUAGAUGUCUACCAUGAAAUGCACCCCUCUUCCCUUCAGCUCCACUGUCUUUCUUUCUUUCUUUUUUUUUCUUUAAAGAUUUAUUCAUUUCAUGUAUGUGAGUGCACUCUAGCUGUCUUCAGACAUACCAGAAGGGCAUCAGAUCCCAUUACAGAUGGUAGUGAGCCACCAUGUGGUUGCUGGGAAUUGAACUCAGGACCUCUGGAAGAGCAGUCAGUGCUCUUAACCACUGAGCCAUCUCUCCAGUCCCUCCACUGUCUUUCUAAUUAGGAGCAAUAUUGUUUUGCUUUAUCAUGUCUGUUAUAAGUCACCAAAGGACUAGGGCAGAGUUCUGUCCUUUUCUACAGAUGGUGAAAGCCAGACUCAGAAUGCUCUGUCAUUACUGCAUAGAUAUGUGGAACUGCUCAUGUUGCUCAUGCUGUGAUUCUAAUGACGCACUAAAGUGUAAGCCACCUCAGCCAGACCUGGUGGCACAGGCAUGUAAUCACCGUGCUUGAAAAGUGGAGACAGCCGUUUCAGGAUUUCAAGGUCAUCCAAGGUGAAAGGGAUCAACGGGGUAUGGUGCUAGUCCUAGAGAAACGAGGCAGAAUGUGAUUGGCUCAGGCCUAUAUCCAGAGACUUCCUUGCAGCUACAGAGGUUCAGGGUAAUGACACCAUUAAAUGUUAGCUGAGGUACUUACACUCUAAUUUUUGUAUACUUGAUAAUGUUUCCUGUUUGAAAAACCCUGGUUACUUCAGGGCCAGGUUACUGCAAGUGGGAAAUUUUUCCUCAGGCCGGUAUGAGCUCCCUAAUGGCACAUCCAAUGCAAAGUGUUUAUCCCUGAAAUCAUGUACACACCAAACAGUACCUCAAAAGCAGGUGUUAUGCAUUUAUUUGUGCAUACUUUUUCACACAUGGUUAACAAGAAAUUGGAAAGGAAGGAUUUCAGGGUGCAUAAGGAAGAGAUAAGGAAGGCAAAAAAGUAAUACGAUAUAUUGAGAUCAAGAUGUAUAAAAAUAAAAUUUAAAUAAAAAUGUGCUCAGAUAGCACAGCAGUUUGAUAAGGCACUGUUAGAGGGGCAGGAGGCCAAUUCCCAAAACUCCGUGGUUACUAUCUCUGUAAAGGAUCUGCUUCCCCCUGCUGGUCUAAGCAUAUACUGUGCACAGGCACAUGGGGGCAAAAUACCCAUACAUAUAAAAAAAAAUUCAAAAAGAAUACCUUAAAACACUGGAAUUCUCUGCAGUGAAGUCCUGUUCGUGGGAAAGAGAGCAGCCAGGGCUAGUUGAAAUGUAAUUCUUUUGUCCUGCAUUGAGGCAUCUAUUGCCUUCCUCUGAACCAGCUUGCUCAGGAGGAAAAGCUACUUUACCUUGAGGUUAGAAUAGCUCAGCACAGGUGUUCAGGUAAGAACAGUAACCAUUGCAGUGUCAUGUGACUGUUCCUUGCUGUAUUCUGUAUUUGUGUUCUGUGUCCUUUGUAUAUGGGAGGGUUGUGGCAUUGAAACAUCUUUUAAGUCUGUCUUUUUGAUCAAAACAUUAAGGACUAGUAUGAGAUAGUUUUGCUGUGUAAAUCUCCAUCUAUCUCAGUGACUAAACUUGCAAGUUCCGGCUCCCAUUUAAAUUGUUCAAAACAUUAUCUGGAGCCCAAACUUAGAAGAGUCUUAUGGAUGACAGCAUAUGUGGAACUCAAACUCUGUCCUAGGCUGCCUCUUCUUUGGGCAUCAGCCAGAGGUGAAUGAGUGAUCUCUCCCUGGGAAAGGAUGUUAAUUCUACACCAGCUGUGCAUCCAGCCUUUUAGAACAUUGUUUCUGAGACAAGCGUUCCCAUGGCGAGUCACAGAGCCCUCAUUCCACUAUGUUAUUUCCCACGUCAGUAACAUUGCUGUCCUACUGAUAACACCAGCUGAAUCUUAAGUUAACAUCUAUACCAUCACUGUGUUUUAAAAGUUCACAUUUGAGUCAUAUAAUCAACUGUUUAUUGCAUCCAGAGGGAAAGGAUUUGCAUGAGGGGCAUAGCCUCUGCAUUCAGACCAGAAUAGGAGGAAGUUUAUUGGGUACACUACUGGGGCGGUGGGCACAAUCAGCUACUGGAGCAGCCAUAAGGAAAAAGGACCUGAUCAUGGCAGGGUGGUGAUUUAGUAAUUUUACAGAAUGUAUUAAUUCAUGUUGGGUGAAUGAAAACAGACUAGAUCCGUGGGUGUAGGAUUCGUGAUGUCAGUGAAGCCCAUGAGUAUUCAAAUUGCACUCAGGUUACUGUCCUGGGGAGAUAUGUGCAGUCAGCAUUGACAUAGUGAAGUCAGCUCAGAAAUGUGAAACACAGGCCUUCAUUGCCCGUAGUUGUUUGUGGCAAGUUCCAGGUCCCAGCAGCCAACGCUCCAGAUAGAGACAAGGUCAAACGGUAUUUGAUAAAUGCUUUUCCAGGAAAAGGGCCGCUCUUUUUCUAAGUCAGAAUGGCUAUGUGAUUUUCAAUUCUAUUUAUGUUUGUAAAAAGUCCUCCACUGGUUCCCUUUAAUGCAGCACUGCUCUGAACUCUUACUUGUUUGCGUUCUGUGAUGUGUCCCAGGCACAAGAAUUUCUUUUCCUUGUUUACAAGUUCUGCUUAGGACAAGGUCUGCUGAAGCCCAGGCUGAGUCAUGCUACGUAAUAGAGAAUUGCUUUGAACCUUUAGUCCUGUCUCUAAGGCCACAUGAUGGGAGGACAGUCCUGCAUCUCUUCUAGGCUUGGCUCUGAAGGUGAAAGUUUUCCUGUAUUGGCAGUACUUGACAUUAGCAAUGAGUAGUGACGUCAUCAAUUUCCCUUGGUCGAUAAUCACCCUGACUGGCCAUUACUCUGGACCACAGACCAGGCAAUGAAGAAUCUGGAAAGUGUAUUGCCAGGGCGUUAAGUUUGGAAUCGAUGUGUGGGGGUGGGAGCAUCCUCAUAGAAGCAAGGGUAGGGGGCGGGGGUAUAGGAGAGGGGGAAAAGGAGAUAACAUUUGAAAUGUAAAUACAUAAAAUAUCUAAGAAAAUAAAAUAAAGUAGAAACAAAUGUAAAGAAAGAAUAUGGACAAAGACCUGAACUUACUGUGAACUGUUGUUGACAGUAAUGCAGCUAGUUCAAAUUACUCUAGUUACACGAGUUCAGUUCCCUAAAACCAAACAGAUGGGCACUCUGAGGGAUUGUUAUUAUUUGCAAUAUUCAAGAUGGGAAAUCUCUUCUUUAAUCUGGAGGUAUUGAUUGACAAGAAAAAAUUAGUCUAGGCCAUAGCUUGUGGUGGGCGCUUCCAUGUAUAAAGGAUAUUGAAGUUGGUAGUCCUUUCUCUUCUUCCCCUACACUGGCUAGAAAGAUCAUUUUAUUUUUCUGGCAUUAGCAUCUCCUUCUCUUUAAUUCUGGCAUAUGGUAAAGACGAGCUGAGACACACAGCUACUGCUGUAUUCUUCAAAUUUCUUCCAAUACAGUUUUUGUUUUACUAGUUGGACCACAUUCUUCGAGCCAUUCUUAUAUAUCCACUCCAUGCACACAUAGACAGAUCCACUGUAUUAGGUCUGUUCAUCUGGAAAACCUUUACUAACACAGAUAUGAUGUUUCACCUUCCACUGAGGAAGAUGUGCUUCUAACAUUAGUGCUCCGUAGCUGUCGGCAUCCAUUCCCUGCUUUUCUCCCAGGGUUGUUUGCAGUCUCACAUGUAGCAGUUGAAUAUUAGCUGCAAUUUUCCCGACGUCAGCGUACAAUCAGAGAAACAAAUAUCACGCUUUGUGUCCUAAAGUCUCUCUUUAAUUGUUACUAUCCUUGGAACCUAUACAUCAGUCUGCUCCAAGCUGAAUACUGUACCUUGCAAGUUAUCCCUCUUAAUUGAGGAGGAGCAGCAACAGCAGCAAGAGCAGGAGGAAGAAACUCCUGCUGAGUGCUGGAAGGCAGAAAGAUAGGUUAUUGGAAGACACGCUAACGAGAUACUGAAAUAAAAAUCUUGCAGCUCUCAGAAGGGUAAGCUCCUGGACUAGAAUCCUGGGCCAGGAAACGCUAUGCUGUGUGCCUUCAUCGCACUCUAAUCCUACGGGAGGGGUUCAUGUCACUCAAGAUUCACUGGCCAAUCAGGGCCUCCAGGCAGGGCGUCCACUAGUGGAAGAGGAGUGUACUUCCUGGUGCCCUGUUUCCAGCAGCCGAUUUAUCUGAGUUGCUUAGCGGGCUUGAAUGAUUGGCCUGAUGUGUUUUGAUGUCGGCUGCCGGGUGUCUUAUGGACGUGCUGGCAAUCUACUAAGUCGGGACAUGAAGACAGUGACUUAUGAGGAUGUGCAUGUGAACUUCACUCAGGAAGAGUGGGCUUUGCUGGAUCCCUUCCAGAAAAAGCUCUACAAAGAUGUCAUGCUGGAGACCUACAGGAACCUCAAUGCUAUAGGCUUUAAUUGGGAAGACCAAAAUAUUGAGGAACAUUGUCAAAGAUCUAGAAGACAGAGAAGGCAUGAAAGAAGUCAGAGUGCAGAGAUUCCCUCCGAAUAUACUCACUGUGGAAAACCCUUUGCUUUACAUGCUCACAGUCAUGCUCAAAGGAAUGAAAGGAUCCAUUCAGAAAAGAAGCCCUCUGAAGUUAUUCAGUGUGUUGAAGCCUUUUCUCCUUACACAGUUCUCCAAAUACAUAAAAGAACUCAAGCUAGACAGAAACCUUAUGGAUGUAGUCAACGUGGUAAAGUUUUUGAAAAUCACAGUAAACUUAAAAAGCAUGAAAGACUUCAUACUGAAAAGAAACCCUACAAAUGUCAUGAAUGUGAUAAAGCCUUUUCACGAUACAGUAGCCUCCAGAAGCAUAAAAGAGUUCACACUGGAGAGAAACCCUACAAAUGUCAUGAAUGUGAUAAAGCCUUUUCACAACUCAGUAUACUCUACAGGCAUAAAAGAGUUCACACUGGAGAGAAACCCUACAAAUGUAGGGAAUGUGAUAAAGCCUUUUCACGACCCAGUGGACUCCAGUUGCAUAAUAGAGUUCAUACUGGAGAGAAACCCUACAAAUGUAAGGAAUGUGAUAAAGCCUUUUCACAACACAGUAGCCUGUGGAGGCAUAAUAGAAUUCAUACCAGAGAGAAACCCUACAAAUGUAGGGAAUGUGAUAAAGCCUUUUCAGGACACAGUCGACUCCAGAUGCAUAAUAGGGUUCAUACUGGAGAGAAACCGUACAAAUGUAAUGAAUGUGAUAAAGCCUUUUCACGACCCAGUAUACUCUACAAUCAUAAAAGAGUUCACACUGGAGAGAAACCGUACAAAUGUAAUGAAUGUGAUAAAGCCUUUUCAGAAUACAGUAACCUCCAGACGCAUAAAAGUGUUCAUACUGGAAAGAAACCCUACAAAUGUAAUGAAUGUGAUAAAGCCUUUUCACGACCCAGUAGCCUCCAGAAGCAUAAAAGAGUUCACACUGGAGAGAAACCCUACAAAUGUCAUGAAUGUGAUAAAGCCUUUUCACAACCCAGUAUACUCUAUAGGCAUAAAAGAAUUCAUACUGGAGAGAAACCCUACAAAUGUAAUGAAUGUGAUAAAGCCUUUGCAGACCACAGUAGCCUAUGGAAGCAUAAACGAGUUCACACUGGAGAGAAACCAUACAAAUGUAAUGAAUGUGAUAAAGCCUUUUCAGAACACAGUAACCUCCAGACGCAUAAAAGAGUUCACACUGGAGAGAAACCCUACAAAUGUAAGGAAUGUGAUAAAGCCUUUUCAGACCACAGUAGCCUCCGGACGCAUAAAAGAGUUCACACUGGAGAGAAACCCUACCAAUGUAGGGAAUGUGAUAAAGACUUUUCAGGACCCAGUAGCCUCCAGAUGCAUAAUAGAGUUCACACUCGAGAGAAACCCUACAAAUGUAGUGAAUGUGAUAAAGCCUUUUCACAACACAGUAGCCUCUGGAGGCAUAAUAGAAUUCAUACCAGAGAGAAACCCAGAAAUGUAAUGAAUGUGAUAAAGCCUUUUCAGACCACAGUAGCCUACUGAGGCAUAAAAGAAUUCACACUGAAGACAAACCCUACAAAUGUAGUGACUGUGGUGAAGCCUUUUCACAACACAAUAGACUCCUGAUGCAUAGAAGGAUUCACACUGGAGAGAAACCCUACAAAUGUAAGGAAUGUGAUAAAGCCUUUUCACAACACAGUAGACUCUAGAUGCAUAGAAGAAUUCAUACAGGAGCAAAACCCAUCAAAUGUAAUGAAUGUGUUAAGGCCUUUUCACAACAAAGUAGUCUCCAGACACAGAGUUCAUACUGGAGAGAAACCCUACAAACGUAAGCAAUGUGAUAAAGCCUUUCACAACACUGUAAUCUCCAAAUACAUUAAAGAACACACACAGGAGAGAUACCCUCCAAAUGUAACCAAUGUGACAAAGCCUUUUCCCAACAUAAUAGUCUCCAAAUACAUAGAAAAAUACAUACUGGAGAGAAACCCUACAAGUUAACAAUGGUGAUAAAAGUUUUCCAAUCCACAUUCAUCUUUUUUUGUUUGUUUGUUUUAUUCUGUUAAGAAUUAAAGACAGAUUUUAUUUUAAACUCUGAUUUACCAAAUUAGCUUUUCCUACCAACUCUCAGAGCAGAGACUUUCACAGGAUUCACAAUCUUUUGUUUAUUGGCUGCGUUUGUGGGGGCCUUGGCAGCCACCAUUGCUGUCUUUGAUACCCGCUUAGCCUUUUUUGUUUUCUUCUCAGCCCUUCUAGUCUGCUCUCAAUGAGCUUUCCUGACUCCGGGUUUCUGAUUCUUCUUAGCAUGAUAUCAGCAGGAGACACACAGGGAUGACUCCCUGGAACAUGACUGUACUGAGGGUUGUUUUCUUUUGAAUUUCUUCAGCCUGUGUUUCGUGUGUGUGUGUGUGUGUGUGUGUGUGUGUGUGUGUGUGUGUGUGUGUUUCUGUAAAGGGCCUUCUAGUUCAUCUGCCUAGGAUUCCUUUUUGAAAGGAAUGCAGACUCACUUUUCCAGUAAGAAAAAUGGAAAACUUUCCAGUCUGCCUUGGCAUAAUGCUACCCAUGUCCCAGGUAGAUCUUGUACCCACUGAAACUGAACAGCGCAUCCUUCACGGUGACAGAUGCUCACCUGCCAGGGAGAGACAGCAAAGAGCACAGUCAUCUUAAAAGGCAUGGUGAGUGUGUGAUGUCAUUAAGCAGGUGAAGACAGGUACAAGAUAGGACGAGGCCUGUCAUUGGAUGAGAGGGUAGGAUGAAAUGCAGAAAAGUUUGAGGGAAGCGGAUCUUAUCAAUUGGAUCAGAGGUUAUUGUGUGUUGUUUCUUGUGGGGAAUUAAGUUUAAUAGAGUAUGUAUCGGCUGGGACCUAAGCCACCAUGGAAUUGAGAUGUAUAUUUCUGGCAAAGCCUGCCUUGGGGAAUGCAUUGGUAGACAGAUUGUUGCCAGGCUCAGAGAGAGGCCAUAGGCAGUGUUAUAGGGGCUAGAGCAAAGGAGGUGAGAGGCUUUGCUGAUUGAGAUUAAGAUAUCUACCAGAUAUCUUGGGACACUGUAGUGCCGACCAAGUGGGGGUAAAAGACAGCAUUCCAUUUUUAUAAUUUUACAGCAACACAUACACCUGCAGAGAAGCCAUUGGUAUUUUGUACAGUAAAUUUUCCCCUUUUCCCAUGUAUUUGAGGCUCAUCACCAAGUUUUCUUCUGUUAGUUUGAGUAUCUGGUUUUAUGUGGAGUUCCUUGAUCCACUUGAAUUUAUAGGUUUGUAAAAUGUGAUAAGAAUGGGUCAAUUUGCAUUCUUCUACAUCUUAACCUCCAGGUGAACAAGCACCAUUUGUUGAAAUGUUAUCUUUUUUCCACCUGAUGGUUUUAGUUCCUUUGUCAAACAUCAGUUGACCACAUGAGUGUGGGUUCAUUUCUGGGUCUUCAAUUCUGUUCCACUGAUCUGCCUGUCUCUGUACGAAUACCAUACAGUUUUUAUCCUCAUUGCUCUGUAGUACUGCUUGGGGAUGAUGAUUUCCCCAGAAGUUCUUUUAUUGUUGAGUAUUUUGUAUGCUAUUCUGGUUUUUUUGUUAUUCCAAAUGAAUUUGCAAAUUGCUCUUUAGUCUUUGAAUAAUUGAGUUGGAAAUUUGGUGGAGAUUUCAUUGAAUCUGUAGAUUUCUUUUGGCCAAAUGGCCAUUUUUGCAAUAUUAAUCUUGCCAAUCCCUGAGCAUGGGAGAUCUUUCCAUCUUCUGAGAUCUUCAAUUUUUCUUCAGAUGCUUGAAGUUCUUGUCAUGUAGACAUUUCACUUGCUUGGUUAAUGUCACAACAAUGUAUUUUACAUUUUUGUGACUACUGUCAAGGGUAUCAUUUCCCAAGGACACAUGCUGCUCUAUGUUUAUCAAAGCCUUAGUUAAAAGAACUCAGAUGGCCUCGAACACAGGAAGGGAUACAGAAAAUGUGGUAAGUUUACAAAAUGGAGUACUACAUGGCCAUUAAAUACAAUGACUGCAUAAAAUUCUUAGGCAAAUCGUUGGAACUAUAAAAUAUCAUAGUUACCGAGGCAACUCGGUCACAAACAGACACACAUGAUAUCACAAACUGAUAAAUUGGAAUUAGCCCAAAAGCUCAGAAUACCCACAAUAAAAUUAACACAUCCUAUGAAGCUCAUGAAGAAGGAAGACCAAAGUGUGGAUGCUUUAGUCCGUAGAAGGGAAAACAAAAUACCCAGAGAAGGAAAUAAGGAGACAAAGUAUGGAGUAGAGACUGAAGGGAAAACAUGAAGAGAAUACUCCACAGGGUGUUCACCCCACAUACAGUCACCAAACAGAUACUAUUGCAGAUGCCAAGAAAUGCUUGCUGACUGGUGCCUGAUAAAGCUGUCAGGUGAAAGGCUCAGCUAGAGCCUGGCAAAUACAGAGGUGGAUUUUUAAAGCAAACCAUUGGGCUGAGUACGGGGUCCCCAAUGGAGGAGUUAGAAACAGGAUUGGAGGACCUAAAGAGGUUUGCAACCCCAUAGGAAGAAGAAUAAUAUCAACCAAGCUGAUCCCACAGAGCUUCCAGGCACUAAAUGCCCAACAAAAGAGCACACGUGGAGCCACCCAUGACUCCAGCUACAUAUGUAGCAGAGGAUGGCCCUAUUGGAAAUCAGUGGGAGGAGAGACCCUUGUUCCUGUCAAGCUGCAAUGCUUCAGUGCAGUGGAAUGCCAGGAAGGCAAGCAAGAGUGGGUGGGUUUGUGGGAGCACCCUCACAGAAACAGGGGAGUGGCUAUGUGAUAGUGGGUUUUUGGAGUAGAAACUGGGAAAGGGGAUAACAUUUGAAGUGUAAAUAAAGAAAAUAUCCUUUGACAGAAAAGGAGAAAAAGAACUGGGGUCUUCUUUAGAAUGUCACAGCCUUGAGACACACAGCACUCAGGAAUGAGGUAAAAUGCCCUUCAUGUCAAAUUGCUGCAGUCAAUUACCUAAACUGAAACAGGUGGUUAAUGUGAGGUCUUUCUCUUAUUUGGAAUACAUAACAUGGCAAAACCCCUCUGUUUUUCUGGAGCUUUUGAGUUCACAAGAAAAAUCUUUAUCUAGGCCAUAUCUUCUGGUAGAAGCUUACAUAUGUAAGGAUGAUGAAUAUGGGAACUUUUUCUUUUUCUUCCUGCCAUACUCUGGCAAGAGAGAUCACUAUUUUUCUAGCAUUCCAGGUUCCGUGUUAGGAAUUCUGGAAUAUGCUGAAGACCAGCUGAGACAUACAGACAGCACUGUAUUCUUCAGCUUGCCAUUGUAACACAGUCAUUGUUUUACUCGUGGACAACAUUCCAUGAGACAUUUCUCUAUAUCCACUUCAUCCAUACAUAGAGAGAGCCAUCCUUUGGGUUCUGUUCAUCUGGAAAACCUCUGCUAAUACAGAUAAUGUGUUUUCACCUCCCACUGAGGAAGAUGUGCUGUCUUCUAAUAGUGCUCCACUGAGAUUGCCAUCCAUAUCCUACUUUUUCCCCAGGUUGUCUUGAUUCUCAUAUUGAAAUAACGAGAUAAUCCCCAUUUCUGGAGAAUUAUUUUGAAAGGGAAAGAUAAACCUUUUUUAUCUCCACUGGAGCAACCCUUGUAUCCAUUUGGAACACCAGGCCUCUUUGAAAAAACAGCCAUAAAGCACCAUCUUCAGGAUAGACCACAAUAGAGAAAGUCAUGAGACACCAGCUCUAGGAACAGACAAUAAAAUCUAGAACAAAUUCAUAAACACCCCUCGCUCCAGAGACCAGUCCAGGUAUAAGUACAAAUAUGGGAAAUACCUUUUCUCCGAAUGGGCCAUUUGCACUGGGCAGCCCUAUUUCAUUACAUGGUUAAAAGUUCAUAACACAGGGAUGCAAAACACUGACAACGUGUGACCUCUUAGCAUCCACCAAAGAAAUAUUUUAUUAUGCUAAAGAUUUUCCCUGGUUCCCUAUAAAAUGAUUUUGUGCUUUCCCUGGGGUUGGUAUUUCAAAGAAUGGUUGACCUGUGUAUGAAGACCAUCUCUGUAAAAUGAGCCCUCUUUUUUUUUUUUUUUUUUGCAUACUAUCUAAGUCUGGGGUCUGCCUUCAGUGAUAUUCAGACCCUUACAUUAUAUAGCAGAUGAAUAGUAGCUACAGUUUCCUGAUGUAAGUGUGAAGUUACAGAAACAAACAUCAUAUUUUGUGUCCAGGAAGCUCUUUCAAUUGGGAAGACCCCAUCUUUCAAGGGGUCAUAUAGUGAAUAAUGGAUGUUAGAAGCUAUCCAUCUUGAUUCAAGGAGGUAUAGCUUGAGUGGAGGAGGAGGGAGAGGACAAAGGGGUGGUAGAAAAGAAAAGGAAGAGGAAGAGUGAAAAGAAGAACAAGAAGAGGAACAAGACAACAAGAAGAAGGAGAACAAGAUGAGGAAGGAGGAGGAAGAAAAGGCAGAGCAGAAGAAACUGAAGAGGAAGAGGAGGAGGAAGAGUGUGAGAAGGAAAAGCAGGAGCAGUAUAUAUGGAAGAGAAGAAUGAGGACAAGAAGAAUGGGUGGGAGGAGGAGGGGGAAGAAAUUGCUGCUGGAAGAUAGAAAGGUGGGAUAAUGGAGGACAGGCCUAUUUGACACCGAAACACAAAUCUUGGGGAUCUUAAAAGGGUCAGUCCUGGACUAGAAUGCUGGCCCAGGAAACCUUAAGCUGAUGUGUCCCUUCAGCACAAUCUAACCCUAAGAGAGGUGCUUAUGGCACUCAAGAUCCACUGGCCAAUCCGGGCCUCUAGGAAGACCCUGCAAUCAGAAGAGGAGGGAUCUUACAGGUGCCUUGUUCCUACAGCAAGUUCAGCUCUCUUGCUGUGGAUGCUUCUAAGGUUGGUAUAGUGUGUUUUGACCUCUUCUGCUGAUUACUUUCCAGGAGUGCAGGCUGAGCUAUUAAGCCUCAUUGUGGUGAGCAUGUGACCACUGUCCCUAACCUGAAUUAUCAGAGGACUGAGAAUGGGGAGGUGGCCAAGUGGCCCUCCUGUGUGCAGGGUGUAAAUUAGCAGCCACCUUUGAGGUUCUUGUGGUCCUAGCCACUAAGUGUUCUUAUGGGUUUCACAUGAAUAACUUCAGUAUGGGAGCCUCAUCUGCACAAACCAUUUGGAGCAAGGAAUUUCAAGUACAGAUGCAUCUUUGGCAAGAUUCCAAAUUCGGAGAUCUUGUUUCUCAGCAUCUGAACUUUUCCUUAAAUAUUACUUGCUUAUUCAAAAUUUCUCUGUUGACCAUUCUCUCUUUAGUACUGUACCCUAUACUUUAAUUGGGAUAUUUGAGUUGUUUCUGUCUAACCUCUUGAGUUCUUCAGAAAUUUUUAAUACUAACCCUACGUAAGAUAAAGCGUUAGUGAAUAUUCUGUUUCAAUCUUUAGGCUGCUGUUUUGUCCUACUGACAGUGACCUUUACUUUAAAGAUAUUUUGUAGUUUCAUGAAGUCCCACUUUUCAAUUGCUGAUGUUGGUGCCUGAACCGUUGCCAUUCUUUUAAGGAAAUUGCGUCUUGAGUACUUGUGUCUGAUAUUAUGUUGAGGUCCUUGAUUCAAUAGGAUUGUGGUUGAUGUUUACAUGUGUUCUUGGCUUCAGUUUGGUGUGUGUGUGUGUGUGUGUGUGUGUGUCUGUUGUGGCUCCAUUUUCAUUGAAUUCUGGAAAGUCUAUAAUUACUUUCUUAUUUCUUCACUGACAUGGUGAUCAGAGCAAAAAGAAUAUUUAGUUUGAGAGAAGUUUUAGGCUAUCUGUUCUGUUCAUGGACAGAAGUUUCCCUACUACAGCUGUGUGUUUUUCACCUUCCCACUGCGGAAGUUGUUGCUAGGUAAUGAUAGUGCUCCAAAAUCAUUUUCAUCCAUUUCCUUCUUUUCUCCCAGUGUCAGGAGUCUCUAGGUAGCAGCUGCAGUUGUCCUGAUACCAUCGUGAAGUCACAGAAACAAAUGCCAUAUUUUGUAACCUAAAUCUCUUUUUAAUUGGAGUCUUCUUAGAACAGUUUUCCUGUGAAUGUGAUAGUUCACCCUCCUGCAAGUUGAAUAGUGUAUUGUGAAAUAUAUCCACCUUGAUUCCUGGAGGAAGAAGAGAAGAUGCCUGCUGAGUGCUAAUGCUGUCUUCAAUUUAGAUUGUAACCAUAGUAUAAAUACAAGUAAGCAUAACCAUAGUAACUAUAAGUAUUGAAGAAAAGUAUAAGUUGAUAAUGAAUCUUAUUUGCAAGAAAAAAUGUUGAAGCGCUAUCUCUUUUAAUGUGUUAUUGCAUUCUUAGAGAGAAACACUUAUUCAGAACAAUUUUCUCAGAACCACAAUGAGUUCCAGACAACUGUCGCAGUAGGUAUGGCUGGUUGCUUCUAAACCUCAUGACAUAAUUUCAGUUUCCAAUAGACGCAUAUUAUCUAUGAAUUCUUUUCUCAUUUCUAUAGUUAGAGUCUGGCAUAGGUAUGUCACCCACUGGCAGUAUAUAAAACAUUAAACAAAAUAAGGAACAAUGAUGUCACUUGAAGCUAAAAGCAUACUUGGAUCUUUUCUGUAGAAUGCACAUAGUGGAAGUGGACAAUAGACACCUGUAAGAUGCUUUUUUCUCACUGCUACCUAUACCCAUGGCACAGGUGUAUAUGCACAAACAUAGUUGAUGUUGGGAGCGGCUAAAGAUGACACUGACAUCUGGUGGUUGUUUGUGGUAUACAACCAUUAUAGCCAUGUCCCUGGCCUUCUUCUGGCAUUUACAAGGCCAUGGUGAUAUGCAUGCUAAUAAGGUAUUUCAUACUCCACCAGUCCCCAGAGGACAUUUUCACAGCCACUGUCUGUCUUGUACUUAAGGCAAGUGCCUUUGUUCCCAGUUCCCCCAUAUCAAGAAUGAGGUGUUCCUGCAAUAAAGGCUGUUGAGAAGAA